AUCAUGGUAAACCAACCAAACCAGAGGGUCCCCUGAAUGUGAUUCCCAUCAAUACACAAUCCUGUAAACUUAAAUGGAACCCACCAUGUGAUGGUGACAGUACAAUAAACAGAUAUAUCAUUGAGCAACGUGCUGGUACAAAGAGAGAAUGGACAACAGUCAGCGAUCAGAUUCCACCUGAUGUUACCUCAUAUGAUCUUACAAGUCUUAAGCUAUCCACUGAAUACUACUUCAGAGUUUGUGCAGAGAAUGCAGUAGGUAGGAGUGAAUACCUUGAAUCCAUGGGCAUAACAAUCACAUUUGAUUUAUCAAGUGGAAUGAAAAUAAUGUAUCGAGGGCGUGCUAUGGUGUUAGGAGCAAGUGGUGCUGGCAAGACUUCCACAUUGAAAAGCAUAUUUGGUGAACCAUUCGAAGAGGAGCUUGAUAGCACAGAUGGAAUUAAAAUGUAUAGAUUUGAUGAUGAUUGGUGUAAAGUUGAAGAUGACUCAACCGAGGCAAUUGAAUCAGCCCAUGCAGACGCCGUUGCAAAUACAAUAGAAGUGAAACAACAACCACAAAGUGACUCAAUCGAGGCAAUUGAAUCAGAACGUACAGAUGAUAUUACAAAUGCAAGAGAAGUGGAACAACAACCACAGAAUGACUCAACCAAGGCAAUUGAAUCAGCCUAUACAGAUGCUAUUGAAAGUACAAUACCACAACAACAAGCUGUGCCUCAAGACAGUCCCAAGUUUGAAAAUAUUGAAGUUGAAGUAAAAGGAGAUGCAGCUAGAAUUGAGCAGAUUAAAAAGAAUAAAGAAGUAUAUAUUAAUAAACUCAUGGAAAGAUUGAAAGACGUUAAAGAUCCAGAAAAAGAAGACUUUUGCUUCACAUUGUUUGAUUUUGGUGGGCAAGAAAUUUAUUAUAUUUCACAUCAGGUCUUUAUGCAGGGUAAAUUCCUGUACAUAAUUGUGACAGAUAUUUCCAAGAAAUUGGAUGACCCAGUUACUGAUCAAGAAAGGCAAAUGAAUAUUCAUCUUGAACUGGAAACAGCAAGGGACUUUAUUCUCUACUGGGCAAAUACAAUACUGACAUAUGCUAUGCACAGUGAAGAUAAUAAGUACCCAAAGAUAGUAAUUAUUGCAACUAAAGCAGAUAAGAUAUCAAAGGAAGAGGCUAUAAGACGUCUACAUGAAAUUAAUACAUUUCUGUCAGACGUAAUUAGCCAGAAAAUGGCCGUGAAAAUCGCUGCUCUUUAUGCUAUCAGCAAUAAGGUACCAGAAGUGGUUUAUUCCAUAGUUGAUGGCAAAGACAAGAGUGGUAAUAUUUCAUUGCUUAAAGAUAAACUCAUGGCUAUUUCAAAGUCGGAAUGGUUCAAAUAUAGAGUUAACUGCAAGUGGUUGGAGUUGGAACUUCAACUGAAAACCAAGUACACAGUUGCUGACAGUGAUAAGAGGCCUAUUGAGACAAUCAAAGAGGUUCAUGAGCUAGCACGCAAGAUUAACAUGAGUGAGGAUGAUGCUGACGAGGCACUGGAGUUUUACUACCGUAUUGGGGAGAUGGUCUGUCUGGAAGAGAAAGUUUGUAUUAAACCGGAGUGGUUUGCAGACUUGUUCAAGCUUGUCAUCACCUAUGUAUUGAAAAAAAAUCUUCCCACAAGACAAACAUGCUUCCUCAAACCCUUAGAAGAACGUGGUGAAUUGAAUGAAGAGCUUUUGGAUAAGGUGUUGGAAAGCAAGAACCGACCAAAAGAAGAUAAGCCGAUCUUGAUUGAAAUAUUCAAGAGGUUUGAUAUUAUUUGUGAAGUAAACCAAUCACAACCAGUACAACCAGGCAAGCGUAAAUUUAUAAUGCCAUGUAUGCUGACCAGCAGCACAUCUAUUCUUCAAGAUAAACCCAACACAACAACAAGUCCUGCUCUUCAUUAUCACUUUCCAGACAAUUGUCUCCCCAGUGCAGUUUUCUAUCAGUUAGUGGUGAGGUGUGCAUCUGCUGAGCAAUGUGAGCCAAAGUUAUACAAACAUGCAGCACAGUAUUACUGGUCCAGGAAUGCCUUGACUGUCAUUACUAUAAAGAAGGAAGGUUCUGACAUAGUACUGACAGUGACAUUUAAACGUCUUGAUGAUGAUGAUGAGAUUCCCAAUCAGUCACACUGUGGUCCAGAAAUCAGAAAAUCUGUAGAUGAUAACCUAAACGAUAUCAUCAAGAAAUACAGGCCUGGUUUAUCGUAUGAGCACAGUUUAAAGUGUCCUUGUGGUAAACAUGAUCUGUCCAAUAGAAAAGAAGAUGAUGGAUGUGUUGUCAUUGGUUCAUUGAAAGGAGAUGAGUGUUGGUGUAAUGCAAUACGCAAUUGCAAAAAAGAUGCUCUAUUGAAAUCUCACGACUUGUCCUUCUGGUUUGACCCAAUUGCAACUGAUCCUAAUCACUCACACAAUACACCUGCUAUCUGUGCCAUCAAGACAGUGUCUUCAACUCAAUUGACUAUCCAAUGGAAGCAACAUACAUCAGAAGUUAAACUUCAGCACCGGAUGGUAGGGGAGACUAAAUGGUGUGAGGUUCCACAUAAAGGAGGCAAUACUGCUGAGGAUGAAGAUCUCAAACCAGAUACACGAUAUUACUAUAGAUUACGAGCUGAUGGGGAAACAAGUUAUGCUGUUUCAGGGGUAACAUUAAAAG